AUGGACAUCGGAUCAGCAAGGCAUAGUGCUCAUUGUCACUGUGGAAAGAUGGUAGUGAUGGUGACUUCAUGGACUGAUGCAAACCCAGGACGAAGAUUCCAAGUGUGCCCAAAGUCAAAAAAAGGAAAAGGACAUAGAGGACGUCAGUUUUGGGAAUGGUAUGAUCUUGAAAUGUGCCCACGUUCAAAGGUGGUGAUACGUGGGUUGCUGAUGAAGAUUCAUAAAUUGGAAGAGGAAAAUGGCAAAAUUCGAAGGAGUAGAAUAUUGACUGGAGCUGUAUUGGUUUCCUUCUUCUUCUUGUUGUAUGUAAUAAAAUGGAAUUGA